UGUUGAACAUUGUGCCUUACGUUUUGACGUAUAACUAUGCUGUGGCUAGGAGGUCAGUCUUGAAAAGCACAAUUUAUGGUUUUGUUUACUAUUAGCUACAAUAAUGGACACCGAACGGACAUUGGUGGUAACCAACGCCGUCUUCGGCUAAAUGACACGGAUCAUUAGUCUCCGCUCUCACCCGGAAAAGCAGCCAUGGAGUUUCUUCCUGUACUUGAGCCAUUGGAUAAGCCCCAACGAGGAAUAUGGUACUCUUUGAUACCAAGAGGACGUGCUCCAGGUGUUAGUGUGGGUCACACCUGCACCUUUACUGCAUCUGGUGAAGGAGGAAAAGGGGGAAUCCUUAUCGUUGGAGGAGCAAACCCAAGUGGCAGUUUCUCACAUUCACAUAUCAUAAAUCUAGAUACUCACGAAUGGGACGUUCCAGAAUGGGAAGGUUUGGAGGCGCGGUACGAACACUGCAGCUUUGUGCCAGAGAGCUGCCCACAGAGCUUGUGGGUGUUUGGUGGGGCGCAGCACAGUGGCAAUCGUAACUGCAUCCAGAAAAUACAGCGAACAGACAGUGGACAUAGUCUCUGGAAGGAGGUAUCAGUGAACGGAAAGCCCCCUGGUCCAAGGACAUACCACACUAACUCCGCCUGCCUUGGGGAUAAACUAUAUGUUUUUUCUGGAGGUGAAGCAGGAGCUGAACCCGUGUCAGACCAAAAACUUCAUGUCUUUGAUACAGUGUCUAUGACCUGGUCCCAACCACAAACACAUGGGAGACAUCCACCAGCCAGACACGGCCACAUUAUUGUAGCAGUAGGUUCAAGGGUCUACUUUCAUGGAGGCAUGGCAGGAGAUAAAUUCCACAAUGACAUGUACUCCCUUGACACAGGGAGCAUGAAGUGGGAGAAAGUGCAGGCCAAAGGAAACAUCCCAUCAGGAGUAGCAGCCCACUCCGCUGUGGUACUCGGAAAGAAUAUCUACAUCUUUGGAGGGAUGACUGCUGAUGGAGCCUGCAAUUCCAUGUACAGAUUCAACACAGACAAAAGUAGAUGGGUCCUAAUGAAAUUUGAAGCAGAUAUGCCACCCAACCGCCUAGACCACUCCAUGUGUGUGUUGCCCUGGAAGGUGCAUGAUGAAAACAGCCCAGCUAACUCAGAGACAAUACAACUGGCUUUUGUAUAUGGAGGGAUGGACACCCAGGGUGUCAUAUACAAUGACUGCAUUGUGACUGUUGUGACUUAAUAUUCCUCUCGCAUCAUGCUUAUUUUCAUGACUAAAAGGCUUUUUUUUCUUAAAGCAUGUAUAGACAUUAAAUACACAGUACAUCAUUUUGAAGCAAUAAUGUGGGUGCUGAUUUUUAUUACUUCCCCCCUACAGUGUGGGAGUGAAGUAUUGUUUUUAGUGGCUCUGUGUUCUUCUGCACUUGCUACUAUGACUAACAGAGGGCGCCAGAGUCUUGUGUGAAUGGGGUGAAGUCUGCCAUCUCUGAUUGCCUUUAUAAGUUGGACAUGUCAUCUGGUAGUCUGUGCUCAAUUGUGUACCCCUAAAAAUCAUAAAUGAAUGCCACAAGAACUUAUAUAUCAAACAUUUAUUUCAAUGUCUUUCCAGAAGUAGAAUGAACAGAUUCAAUAAAUAACUUUGAACAUUG